CCAUCACGAUGCAUCCCAGAACACACUUCUUUCAAAUUAUUCUCUACUUAUCAUGAAAACUAUCCUAAUUACUGGCGCAGGCGGAUUCGUCGGCCAAACUCUGGCAUCCAAGCUACUCUCCGUCUACGAAGACGCCAGACUCGUCCUUGCCGAUGUCACCAAACCUCCCAGUCCUCAACCAUCGUCUAGCCGCAUCCAAUGUGUGGCUUCCGACCUGACCGAUUCGGCAGCAUGCAACUCUCUACUUGAAGUCUCUCCAGAUGCCGUGUUCAUAUUGCAUGGCAUCAUGUCGUCAGGCGCCGAGGCCAACCUAGAAUUAGGCCUGAAGGUGAACUUCGACAGCGUACGCAACCUGCUAGACAGGCUCCGGCACACCAAACCAGGCGUCAAAGUCAUCUUCACGUCUUCCUGCGCAGUGUUUGGCAAAGCUGCCACCGAAAAGCUUGCGACCGAGGUCGAUGUCGUCCCCAUGCCGGAAACCUCGUACGGCACGCAAAAGCUGAUGAUCGAGUUUCUCAUCAACGAUUACUCCAGGAGGGGACUAAUUGACGGCCGCGUCGUGCGUUUGCCGACCAUUUUCAUACGCGCCGGUGCGCCUACUGCGGCCGCCUCGUCGUUUGUCUCCGGCAUCGUAAGGGAGCCGCUACAUGGCCAAAAGAGCAUACUUCCUGUAGAUCCUACGAUAGGAAUUUGGUUGUGUUCUCCAAGAACGCUAGCCCACAACUUGGUUCAUGCAAUGGAGCUCAAAGCAGAAAAAUUUGGGCACUUCAGGACCGUUCUUCUUCCUGGUUAUACUGCAACCAGUGCGGAAAUCCUCGAUGCUUUAGAAAAAGUCGCCGGCAAGGAGACCAGGGCCUUGGUAGAAGAAAGAAGAGAUGAGACCAUUCAAAGGAUAUGCCUUGGAUGGCCUGCAAAGUAUAAUACAUCAAGAGCAAAGAGCCUAGGAUUUGCGGACGAUAUAGGGCUAGAGCAGACGAUUAAGGAUUUCAUUAAGUCUGACAUUAAAGGGUAGACCUAUCUGAAAAAAUCAAUCGAUGAGAAGUCUUCCUUUCUCGAAGCAUUCUCCUAACUACCUUUGUCAGCCACCUGUCGAAGUCUUUAUCUCAGUACUGAUUCAGGCCCUUCAUAUUACCAGUACCACCGGUAUGUACUGUCGCUAUCCAACAUACCGCAUUUACCCCAGAUUCCCAGUACCAGGAUCCUAACCCGACAACGCAUUGAGGAGUUCACCAUCACCACCAAUUGUUUGUUGGUUAACCCCAGGUUUCCCCGCACUCUAUGCU